CCUCUCUUCUCACUGUUUCCCUGAAAACACUACAAGCCAUCGUACUGUAUUUCCUUUCUCUUAAUUGUAUGCUGGAAUGGAGCUUACUAAAUUGAGUACUGUACUUAAUACAGACACUCGAUUGGGUUCCAGAAAUGAAUUAAUGGGUUCCUCUUUGUUUUACUCAACGACUCCAACGUCUUCUCAGAAAUGGUUUAGAGAACGAGGGAAAGACAAUUUAAACCAACUUUACCGCCGCAUUUCACCGGUUGGAGAUCCGAAAGUAUCGAUUGUUCCGAUUCUCGAUCAGUGGAUUGAAGAAGGAAAAUCUGUUAAUAAAGAUCAGCUUCAAGUUUUUAUCAAGGAACUUCGCUACUGUAAGCGUUACACUCACGCUCUUGAGAUCUCAAUGUGGAUGUCUGACAAAAGAUAUUUUGCACUUACUUCACGGGAUGUUGCCAUCCGACUAGACUUGAUGUCAAAAGUUCUUGGCAUAGAACAAGCUGAGAAGUAUUUUGAAAAUGUUCCACAAAAACUCAAAGUUCUUGAGGUUUACAAUGCACUUCUCAACUGCUAUGCUUAUGCAAAAUCUGUUGACAAAGCAGAGGCAGUAAUGCAGAACAUGAGGGAUUUGGGAUUUGCUGGAAAGACCUUGACUUACAAUGUUAUGCUUAAUCUUCACUAUCAGACUGGAAAUUUUAAGAAGUUGGAAGCCCUGAUGCUUGAGAUGGAAGAGAAUGGCAUUGCUUAUGACAGAUUCACACUGGGAAUUCAACUAAGUGCGUAUGCAGCUAUUUGUGACAUUCAGAGAAUGGAAAAGAUUAUGUCAAGGAUGGAAUCUGAUGCAAAUGUUGUUACGGACUGGUGUAAUUAUGCUAUUGUGGCUAAUGGGUAUAGAAAAGCUGGUCUCAUGGACAAGGCUUUGGAAAUGCUGAAGAAAUCUGAGGGACUUAUUACGGGUAAAAAAAGAAGUAGCGCAUACAAUUUUCUUCUCACAUAAUAUGCUGCAACAGGGAAAAAAGAUGAGGUCUGAAGACUUUGGGAAGUUUACCAGAAGAAAGAGGUGGUCUACAAUAGGGGGUAUAUGAUCAUCAUGGCCUCUCUGCUGAAAUUUGAUGACUUUGAAAGUGUAGAGAAGAUUUUUGAGGAAUGGGAAUCCCGGAAGCUAAAAUAUGACAUUCGCAUUCCGAACAUCCUGAUUAGUGCUUAUUUGAGGAAAGGCCUAAUGGAAAAGGCUGAAACAUUUGUCAACAGGGCAAUAUCUGAAGGAAGGAAACCUGAUGCAAUUACAUGGUAUUAUUUGGCAACUGGGUACCUUCAGAAUAAUCAAACUGAGAAGGCAGUGGAAAUGAUGAAGAAAGCACUAGAGGUUUCUGGAUCCAAGUUGAAGUCAAGCAGUGAAAGUUUGGCGAGUUGUCUUGAGUACUUAAAAGGGAAGGGAGAUUUGGAGAAAGCAGAAGAAUUGAUAAAAUUACUUCUGGAUAAUGACAUUAUUUCCUUAGAUAUUCAGGAAAAAUUGUUGAAUAACAUUAGAGCUGAGAAGUCACAGUCAGAUGCUAUCAGUGCAUUUAGUGAUAAUUCUAUAUUUCAAAGCGAGUUGAGUUAGUAGAGUCUGAGGGGAAUAGUAGAGUUUUGUUAUCAAAGUUAAAAUGUUGAAUGCAAAUCUGAAAAAAUAUUCUUCAAACCUAGAAAACAUGUAGGGAUUCAUUCAGGGAAAGAUAUGAAUUGUUAACCGGUUUUUGAUAGCAAUCAAGCAUCCUUCUAUUUCAGGGAAAAUUAUGUAUGAAUUGUUAUCUCAAGUUCUCGAUCUUUCUGAAAGUUGCAAGGAAUAUUUAAACGAA